AUGGUCGAGGGCGACUCGGAAGAUGUCGUCGUGCAUGGUGUGCAUGUGGGAGAAGGCGGAGAAGAGGCGGACAGUGGCGAAGGGCUCGUUGUGGAGCUCGUACUGGCGGAGGGCAUUCACCAUGGGGCCCGACUCCGAGUGAAUAGGGUGGAGCGUGCGGGUGGACUGGUGGGCCACCACCAUGACGGCGAUGAUGGCCACGGGGCUGUGCUGGGUUGCGAGGGAGGCCUCGAGGAGGUUGAUGGUGAGGGGUAUGUUGUCCUGCUCACGGAUGCACACCAGGAUGCGCAGCUCAGUGUUGCGCCGCAGGUGCUGGAUGGUACGCCGGCUCAACGGAACUUUGUUCCUGCUGGGGUCGUACAUGAAACGGCUGGCGCACACGACGGCCCCAAUCUUGACGACACCUGCAAACACCAUGAGCAGCGUGACGAUCCACAGCGACCACAAGUUGAUCUUGAACACAUCCGUCUUGAGCCCGCUUGUCGUGAGGAAGGUCGGGUACAAGAGCUUCCCAAUUGGGUACUCGAGCCUGGCGAUGAUGGCCGCUCCCAGGGGGCAGCCCUGAGGCAGCAGCAGGCCCAGCACAAGCGGCCCCAGCACAAAGUGCUGCCCGAUAGUUUCCGUGAGCAGUGCGGUCCCCAGCACGCCCACGAAGAAGCACAAGACAUGCCUCUCCCCCACCGACCUCACGCUCGGCACCUUCUUAGACAUGCGGCGCACGAGUGGGCCCAACCCGUAGCCCAUGCCCACCACGAACGUGAAGGCCGACGACACGGAGAGGGCCGACCUGAGAGGGUCGUUUUGCGAUUGUAUGAUGGCGAGGAGGACGCCGACAAGGGACAUCCCGAAGAGGUCACAGAGCAUGGCUGCCGAGAUUGA